GGAAAAUAAGUUAUUAAUUCUUAUUGCACAAACAAGUGUUGAUUUUUAUUAUCAAUAUUAAAUGCUGUGAAAUACAUAGAAGCUUAAUAGUGCUAAGGUUAUAUGCCAAACGAUACACCAAUUGCGUCGCACAAUAACAUGAUAAGAACGUAAAGUACUGACUGCAUUUUCUACCGGCCUUUUGUCUAUUUUAUUGUUGCACUCGAGGAAAUCUUUUUUAACAACGUGUAACGAAUUGAUUUCAAGAAAUAUAUAUAUUUAGAAUAACUGUUGUGUUGAGUGUUUUAGUUAACGUUAUCGUUUAAAUGUGCAGUUAAAGAACAUUGCAAAAGUUACAAAACUUGAAAAUGAAAUGCGAGUUGUUGUUGUCGUUGUCGUGGCUGUUGUUGGCGGCAGCCGGCAGCGACGUUGACUCCGGUGGAUUUGGCAACGUGCGCAUACGCCGGGCCUCCAUUGACGUAGACGACAAAGCAAUUGGUGCCGCUGACCAGCAUAGCAUCAGGGAUCUGCCGGAUUGUCAGGAUCUACGCAAAUAUUGCACGCAUCAGAAGACGAGCGAUAAUCUGUCCAUGUUGGAGUGCGCCUUGAGUUUCAGUUCCAGCCAGCUGGAGGCAUUGCCCGAGCCCUGUCAACAUGCCUUGUGGCUGCAGCAGCGCCAAUUGCACCUAAAAUCUUGGGUGGAGCACACACUCCUGCCCAGCUAUUGUGCCGCCGAGCAGGGCAAGCUGCAGAGCUGCUUCAACUCGGUGGAUCUGUGGGUUUGCCUGGAGGAUCAACGCCAGCAAUUACCGCAGAGCAACAUCUGCCAGCAGCAGCUGCGCCGUGCCUAUGCUGCAAUUGGUCCGGACUAUGCCAACAUCGCUGACUUCUACACGGCUUGUGGUUCACUUGUAGAGCAACAGAAAUGCGGACGCAUGAACGUGGAGCAUUUGCCGUCGCUGCUCUCCCAACUGGGCACUGCCCAGUGCCUGAUGGCGCAUGCGAAUCCCGCAACACCCAUAGAUAUGAACUGCAAGGUGGCCGUCAAUGCCAUCGAGCUGCAACGUGGCAUGCUAGAGCUGUUCCGGGUGUGUGCCGAUGACUUGACCGCACUCUGUCCGCAGGAGCGACCUGGCACACCUAGCGGCUACAAGUGCCUGGUGCGGCACAAGAAUGAUCCAUCGCUGAGGAGCCAGUGUGCCACGCAGAUUGCGCUGCGGGAUCAGCAAAUAGGACGCGAUUAUCGUGUCUCACAUGGUCUGGCCAAGUCGUGCAAGGAUGACAUCAAGCUGCAUCACUGUCGACGCGGCGUUUCCGAGGACAAACAGGUGCGAUUGGCCCAGAUUUUGUUGUGCCUGGAGUCGGUGUCGAAAAACGGCACCAAGCUCGCUCCCGAGUGCCUUGUGGAGCUGAGCGAUCAUCGUCGCAUGCUCAUGACCGACUAUCAGCUGUCGCCGGAGCUGCUCAGCGAUUGUGCCGAUGACAUACCCAAGUUCUGUCCAGAGCAGCACAAGGCACAGCUGGUGAAUGGCUUUUCCGGGUCUGGUGGCGAGAUUAUCCACUGCCUGUUCGAACAUGUGCGCGCUCGUCGUGCCCAGCAUCGCGUUACCUCCCAAUGUCAACGUGGCUUGGAGAGGCUCAUCAAGGUGAGCGAUGCUGGUGAGGAUUGGCGCGUAGAUCCGGUUCUGCGGCGCGCCUGCAAACCAGUUGUCGAUGUAGCCUGUAAGGAUGUAGAGGGCGGCGAGGCGCGGGUCAUAAGCUGCCUUAUGGAACGCAUUGGCACGCCCGUGAUGCAGCCAGAAUGCGAGCAGGCACUGCUCAUCAUUGAGUACUUUGUGGCCCGUGACUUCAAGCUGGAUCCACAGCUGUACAAGCACUGCCGUGACGAUGCCAUCAAAUACUGUCGCGCCAAGCGGCAAUGGGAUGACGUACAGGAUGUGCAAAUGGAUCCCGAACGUGGUCCUCUAAUCCUUCCCUGUCUGCACCGCAUGGCCUACAGCGAUGAUGAGCGCCAGACGCUGCACAAGGACUGUUUCCGCGAGGUGAAACGUGUGAUGCGUCAGCGAGCCAUAUCUGUGGAUCUAAUGCCCGAAGUGGAGGACUAUUGUCUGUCCGACCUGUCACAGUACUGUGGCGAGCACACCGAGAAGGGUUCGGAAAUGGAGUGUCUGCAGAACAAGCUGGAAAAGUUGCAGCCCGAAUGCAAAUCCGUUGUCACCAAAUACACGGAGGAGGAGGCAGCUAACGUUGAAUUAAAUCCUGUUAUUAUGGCCGUUUGCUCGGAGGCAAUGCAACAGCAUUGCUCGGAUAUACUUAAAGCUGGCACGGACAAUGGCAAUAUGAUGGACUGUCUGAUAUCGCACAAAAACGAUGCUGAUUUACGCAAGGAUUUGAGAUGUCGUGCGGCCAUUGAACACUUUCAGAUAAUCUCAUUGAAGAAUUAUCAUUUCACCACCAAAUUCAAGGAGGCAUGUCGUCCGUAUGUAUCCCGUCAUUGUGCUGCCAGUGCAACCAAGAAUGAGGUCGUCGCAUGCCUCAGUGAAGUCAUGCGCAAUGAUACCAUUAAGGCACAGCGUCAUCAGAUACCCAAGGAUUGCCGGCAACAGGUUAAAUCGCAGCUGUAUCAGCAGCGUGAGAGUAUUGCCUUGGAUCCAAAGUUGGGAAAUGCCUGCAAGACUGAAUUGGAGCAAUUCUGUGCCGAUCAAAAGGGUCCCGGUCAGGUGAAUAAAAAUGAAUUGGAGUGUCUCAUACAGAACACACCUCGAUUGGGUAAGGCAUGUCAUCAUGCCAUUUUUUUGAUCAAAAAAUCCGAACUGGGCGACAGUGGCACCGAUUAUACGCUUCUCAAUACCUGCAAGGAAAUGGUCUACAAAUUCUGUCCCAAUGAAGAGUCUGUGAAGAUACUGGACUGCCUUAAGAAAUACAAAGAUGAUUCAAGUUUUGAUCAACGCUGUCAUCUGGUUGUCGUCAAUCGCAUGAUCGAACAAAACACGGACUUCCGUUUCAAUCCCUCGCUACAAAGUGCCUGUGGCAAGAACAUUGAUGGCUACUGCUCGAAUAUUGUGGCCACAGCACAACCCAACGAGGAACUCAACGGAAAGGUUGUCAAAUGCUUAAAGGACAAAUUCCGGCAAUCGAAGCUGGAUGAGAAAUGUGCUAAGGAAAUGAUCAAAAUACUGCAAGAGCAGGCCUUGAAUUACAAACUGAAUCCCGUUCUGCAGCAUUUUUGCAAAUCUGAGAUACAGGAGUUGUGCAAGAAGCACAUGGAUGGCGAUGAGCAUGGCCAGGUGGAGGAAUGUCUUAAGGCGGCAUUUCUCAAAAAGCAACUGAUCAAUCGCGAGUGCCAACUAGAGGUGGCCACUCUGAUAGCCGAGUCCAAAGCGGAUAUACAUGUUGAUCCCAUAUUGGAAACGGCAUGCACUGUUGAUUUAUUGCGUUACUGUGCCAAGGUCACCAGCGGCGAUGGACGAAAACUGAGCUGUCUGCGUACGCUAUUGAAAGAGACACCCAACUCCUUGGAGUUGGAUUGCCGCGAGAAGCUGGAGCGACGCAUUGAAAUGUUCCGCAAUGCGGAUGAUACGCUUGCCCAGCCGCCGGAAGAUAUGCAACAGCUAGUGCAACAGGUGGUUACAUCGCCGGCACGAAAGUUCUUCCUUGUGAUAUUAAUGAGCGCCACGGGCUUGGUGUUUCUGACUGGCAUCUUCCUUGGACGCGCCACCAAACGUGCAAUGGGCUUAAAGAAUAAAUAAGACAGACUGUAGUUGAUAUUCAUGUAAUAAUAGUUGAUCUGAACUAGUUGAAAAGUGUGUAGGUUGCAUGUAUGCGCUUCCCCUCGUUUAUUCAAGUUUAAUGUUUUCCAUAUUUGGAGCCCCUUUUCCCGUUUUUCCCAGCAAACAGCUAAUUAAAAAAAAGCAAUUUGUGGCUUAAUCGUUUCUAAGACCAAAAAAAAAAUAAACAAAAGUGUAAUUAAUGUCUCAGAAAACACAUAAGUAUAUAAGUAAUUUGUAUGGUUUGAUUAAUUUGUGUAUCUAAUGCUUUCUAUUGUAGAAUAAAUCGUAUUUUUAUAAAUGAAAAA